AAUAAGAAAGUUGUAGGUGCGAUCGGUGGAGCGGCGGACUACAGCAACACCAACACCAGGAGGUUGUGUUGUGUUUUGAGCAGGAUAGCAAACGCACUACAAGCUGCUCGGCAAAGUGGUGGAGGAGCGCCGGGUCAAAAGAAGCACUCCGAAAAAGCCCUCCGUUUCUUCGGAGCGAUUGGAAGAGUCGUUCAAAAAGAUCCAGCAGCUGGAGCAAAGGAUGAUGUCCCUUGAGGGGGAGACGGCGCGGCUGAGGGAAGAGAAACAGCAGCUCCUUGAGGCCAAUGAAGACUUGGCCCACGACUGCUGCAGACUCCAAGCCUCGCGGGAUCACCUGCAAGACCUCAACUCACAGGCCUCGGCCCAGUGGGAACGGCAUCGCGGCGAGAUCGUGGCUCUGGAAGCCCGGCUGGCCGCCUCUCGGAAAGAGUCCUCCGAGCUCCGUCAUCGGCUGCUGAAGCUGAGGCAGGAGUUGGGCAUUCUCCGUGCGGCCCGCGACUUCUACAGGAACCGAACGGCGGGAGCCUCGCGAGCCGGCGGGAGCGCCGGCAGUAUUAGCGGCAAAGCUAAGUUGAAAACAAUUAAGCUCAGGGGUUCCAGCCGCCGAAGCGUCAUCCCCAAUCAAGCCAUCAGCUGGCGAGGCCGCAGCCCGAGUCCCUCUAAGGACGAGUGGGAGGACAUGAGCGGCGAGAGUGAAGAAUACUCGGACAGCCUCGACGGCGCGCCCUCAGGGACGAUGCAUCAUGGACGACACGAGAGAAAGUUCGACAGGUGUCAGCCGGCUGCAGACGCGCAGGUGUCGGCGGCGUGGAGCAGGAAGCACGCUGAUGUCGGGGAUCAAGACAACAAAUGGCAAGAGCGCUGGGAACGUGGGACGAAAGGCGAGAAGAGGAGGAAGUGGAUUCUAAUUAAGGCCCAUCAUGGUGCUGCCGCCUCCUCGUCCUCCCUGCAGCAGCGCGUCGAGUCCCUGCAGCGGCACAUCCACGUACUGCGCCGUGCCAGGAAAGAUGCCGUGCUCUCAGCUCGAGAGCUACAGAGGGCCAAUGAGAAAAUCACAACACAGCUCAACUGCCUCUCCGAGAAACUGAGCAGCAGCAAGCAACUCACACAGAAGCUGAGCUCGGAGCUGGCGGGUGUGGAGCAGCAGAAGAAGGUCCUGGAGAUGGAGCUGGAGCAAUGGCGGCAGAGCACAUUCCCACAACACACCACGCAAUCGCCAGCAAACGUGGGGUGUUCCUGCCGGGCCCUGGAGGCGGAGGUCAAACAACUGCAAGCCAAAGUCAAGAGUACAAGUGCGGAGGUCACGAGGCAGGUGGCGGCUAACAAAGCCCUGCGAGGCCAACUGCAGGAGAAGGAGGACAAGCUCCACCAGCUGCAGGACAAGGCCAGCCACGCCGAGCGAGACGCGGGCAUGAAAAAGCAGCUGGUGGACGACCUGAAGACCAGGCUGAAGUUCCUGCAAGACAUGGAGAAGAGUUACCGUGGCCAAGCGGAGGAGCUGGAGAAGAAGGUCAAGUCUUUGUCAGAGGAAGCCUCCAACAGAAAGUCCUUCAUCGAGUCUCUAAAGAGGCGACUGAACGUGGCGACCACAGAGAAAAGCCAGCACGAGGCGUCUUGUGCCAAACUGAAGGACGACCUGGAAAAAAAGGAGCAGAGAGUUCAUGCCCUCCAGGCUCGCGUGGCCGCCAGCGAUCAGGCCUCGGCCGCUCUGGAACACAGCGCCACUGAGCAAAUGGAGAGACUGACCGAGCAGAGCUCCCGAGCGUUGGACGGGCUUCAGAGACAGCUGGGCCAGGCCUCCUCCCAGCUGGAGCAGCUUCACGCUUUCAUCAAGGCCCUGGCCGGUGAGAUAGUUGUGGAGGUGCACGAGGUCAAGCAGCAGCUGAUGAAGAGGAGGUUGAGGCAGGCCGGCGCUGUUGCGGCUAAAGGCAACCCUUCAGCCAAGUCCAUGAUCAAAGCCAAGUCCAUCGCUGCCUCCAUCCUCAAUAUGUCGGAGAACGAUCUGGCGGACAUAAUGGACUCGGACCAGGGGACAGAGAGUCUUUCAGGGAUUCUGGGAGAUCAGGACUGGCUGGAUCAUCUCAACCACAUCCUCCAACAGAACGUCCCCUCUGCCGGCCAGCUCAUGGAGGCUUUGCGUGUGAAGAUGAAGGAGAGGAAGGUGCUGACAGAAGAGCUGACCAUGCUGGCACACUGCCAAAACUGAAAUCUGAUGCAGCAGCAGUCAGCAAAAAAAGCCUGACUCCCCGGGCCGAGGCUGGGAAAACUGCCAUGCUCCUUCCCCACCCCCCCAACCCUUAUCCCGACUCGGUGGGAACUCGGAAUGUUUUGGUGAAGCGCCUCGGACCCAUCCAAGGUUUUGUAAUGAGCCCUCGACAUCUGUGUUGGCGCUCGGGGUCUGUCGGAGGAAAGCCUUUUGGCGCCUCUCCUCCCAGUGAUGAAGCUAAUCUGUCACUUUUAUUGCCAUUUAUUUACUUUAAGGUGACCCAACACAGUCUUGAUAUUCAAGGUUUUGUACACUUUUAGGGGGUUUACGCCACCACAUGGACCUGAAAGUCCAUUGAGCAUCUAUAAGCAGCGGCGUCCGAAGUGAGCACAUUUUUUAGGCACAUUCUAAAACCACAAAAAAAGAUAAAAAGAGCAUACGGAUGGGAUGUGACGUAAAAUAAAAAGUCGCAUGCUGACUCUUAAUGACACAAAGUUGUUUCUUUAAAGCUGUCAUUGCUCAAAAAUAAUAAUGAAUCAAAAGCAAUGCUAUGAAUUAUUGACCUGUUAAAGGCUCUAAUUACUUGACAUCAAAUAUUCAAGUUUGGGGGAAAAUAUUGUCAUAAAAGAACAAUAAUUUAUGACAACAAGGACAUUAAACAAGCAAACUAAAACACAUUAAAAAACAUUUGUAAAAACUAGAGAUGUCCGAUAAUAUCGGUCUGCCGAUAUUAUCGGCCGAUAAAUGCGUUAAAAUGUAAUAUCGGAAAUUAUCGGUAUCGGUUUUUUUAUAUCAGUAUCGGGGUUUUUUUUUUUUUUUUCAAUUAACAUAAAAAACACAAGAUACACUUACAAUUAGUGCACCAACCCAAAAAACCUCCCUCCCCCAUUUACACUCAUUCACACAAAAGGGUUGUUUCUUUCUGUUAUUAAUAUUCUGCUUCCUACAUUAUAUAUCAAUAUAUAUCAAUACAGUCUGCAAGGGAUACAGUCCGUAAGCACACAUGAUUGUGCGUGCUGCUGCUCCACUAAUAGUACUAACCUUU